CUCUUGUGCUGCGAGGCCCCUGCCCCCCUCCUCCAUCGCACCCUCUGCACAGGCAUCCCCCUUCAGCCGCCCUGUCCACCACCACCUCCCGGGCAACGCAGGGCCAGGGCCCACUCCAUCUCCAGGCUGGGUCUGUUGGCCUCUGCCAUCACCCAGGCGGCGGGAGGAUGCCGCCGCCAACACACACAGCCUGAACCUGCCUGCUGAUUGGCUGGUGGUUGCCCCUAGCAACAGGAGGACGCUGUGCAGAGCAGGUUUUGUGACCGGCAAGCACUGUGUCGGCCUCUGAGUGAGCCGGGGGCUUUCUGCGGGAAGCAAAGCCACUUGGCGACUUGCACAGUCCACUGACGGACCAGUCGACUCCAGGAGCCAACCAUGUCCCACCCCGGGGUGCUCCUGACCAAGGAGCCAGCCCCGCAGAGCAUCCCUGUCUCUGAGCUGCCCAUGAAGGUUUACGAGCCGGCUCUGAACACUGGCCCCGACUCCUCUUGCGGCUUGGCCACGGCCGGCUUCCGCACGGCCAAGUACCUGCCGGAGGAAUGGCACCAGCACAACUAUUCCCAGUACCACCAGGCCUUUGCUGACCGCGACCACUCCGAGCGGUGCCGCCUGGAGGCCCAGAACCUGGCCGCCUACACAGCCGAGCUGGCCCAGCGCACGCAGGAGGACUCCACCUCCAAGGUGGGCGAGCGCCUGCAAGACAUCCACUUCUGGAAGUCAGAGCUGCAGAGGAUGAUUGAGGACCUCGCGGCUGAGACCAACCUGCUGGCGGCCCAGAAGCUGCGGCUGGAGCGGGUCAUCGACGCCACUGAGAUUCCCUACAGCAUCGCCACGGACAACCUGCAGUGCCGCGAGCGCAGGCAGCCCCCUGAUCUGGUGCGGGACCAGGUGGAGGUGGAACUGCUCAAGGAAGCUGAGCUCAUCAGAAGUAUUCAGGAGCUCCUGAAAAGAACCGUGAAGCAAGCUGUUAAUCAGAUGCAGUUAAAUCGAGAUCACAAGCAGAUCUGUGAAAUGGACUGGUCAGAUAAGAUUGAAACGUACAACAUUGAUGAGAAAUGUGGGAGAUACAAUAACCAGAGCACCAACAUCCAGUUCCACCCAAGUUCAUCCAAAUUUGAAGACAGUGCUUCCACUCCAGAAACGUGGGCCAAGCGCAGUCGUGGCAACAUCCACCGGGCCGAGCGGGAGGAACUGGCUUCCAUCAACCUCCGUGCCCUGGUCGACAACAUCCUGCACGACACAACGGAGGACCUGCGCAUGCAGUGUGAUGUGGUGAACCAGGCCUUUGCGCAGCGCUGCGAGGAGAUGGAGGAUGCCACGCACAAACUGGAGCAUCACCUGCAAAAGACACUUAAGGAGAUUGGGGAGCAGGAGCACAACAUUGCUGCCCUCAAGCAGGCGAUUAAAGACAAAGAAAUGCCCCUCAAGGUAGCCCAGGCGAGGCUGUACGACCGCUCGUUCAGGCCCAAUAUCGACCUCUGCAGAGAUGCUGCACAGUUCAGGCUCAUCAGCGAAGUUGAAGAACUGACAGCGUCUAUUGAAGCUCUCAAGAAGAAACUCCUGGAGUCUGAGCAGGCACUGCGGAACCUGGAGGACACACGCAUGAGCCUCGAGAAGGAGAUUGCCGUGAAGGCCAACAGUAUUUUUAUUGACAGGCAGAAGUGCAUGGCCCAUCGCACCCGCUACCCCACUGUUCUUAAACUAGCAGGCUACCAGUAGGCUCAGCGGGACCCAGGCCAGACCCAGCUGUUGCUGGAUGCGAGGAACCCUCCUCUUGCUUAGUCUCAUGGGGCAUGUAAGCUUUUCCCCCACUAAUGUCUUUGGUUUCAGUAGCAAAUAUACAAGUGUCGCUGGA